CCUAUAAACCACCAGCGAAGAAGCCUAAGAAGCUCCAAUCCUAAAUAUUUUCUCUCUCUACACAAAAAUAUGACAUACCAUUCUCUCUCUAAAAAUCCUAUUUUCGCACCAACUCUUUCCACCUAUUCUUGAACAAGAAGAAUUCUCCCUCACAUCCACAGAAAAUAUAUGUCAUAUACUAGUUACCAGUUCAUCAACAACAUGUAUUUCUGACUUAUUUUCUAUUGUUAAUGGAGAGCAGUUAGUUAGCAGGUCUGAAGAAGAAAAAGACAGAAGUCACAGUUUGGUUGGUUUGGAGUUUUUUCAACGAAUAGUAGCAGUUGAAGAAAAAGGAGGAAUCUCAUAAAUAUUGUCUUUUGUUUGGUUCACUGGUUUUGUACAUAUAAAUGCGUAUGUUUAACAAGCAACAAAUUUGACUAAUUGGGGAUGCUUUUCUCAUUUCAAUUUUCAAUCAAUCAUAUUGUAUACAUCUAGCUACGUCUUUCCUUUUCUUCCAUUUUCCUUCAUUUUCUGUGUCUGCGAGAAAGUGGUAGAAAAUGGCGGAUUAUCCAAAGACGGCGCAUAUGGAUUCCGAUGCUCUGAAUUCAUUUGGUGAAGUCUGUGAAUCAGAAGAAAUGGGUACCCAGAAAAUAUCUGUUUCUGAUCAAACAAACAUUAAAUCUGAUAGCUUCAUAGUGGACAUGGAACGAUUCUCUAAUAUCACCGAUAAAGACAAAACUGCAAAUUCAAGAAUCACUUUGCAGAGAAACCUUUCACGUAAAGGGUCACCGCGAAGUGGCGAGAAGAAGAAGAAUUCAACUGCUACCAAUGACAAAGACAUCACUCUAGUUGCCAUGUCUUCACCAAGAGCUGCUUUAAAUGGGGCUAGCAUUAGCACGCCUGAAAAGUCCAUGGUGGUGACGGUGGGGUCCACGGAUCGUUCUGUCAACCCUCAACUCCAUCACCAGAUCACUAUCGUGACCAACAACAUUGGCGGCACCACCCCCACCGAAAGCAAAUGGGGUGGCAGAAGAUUCAGUUUCAGACGCUCUUCUCCUUCUUGGGCUAUUGAUCCUAGGAAGAUCCUCCUCUUCUUCGCCACCAUGUCAAGCAUGGGAACUUUAGUACUGAUUUACUUCAUACUUUCCAUGAACAAGCUUAGUGAGGAUGACAACCCUCAAUAUCGGUAGCAAACGAAAACAAAACAACAAAGAUGAUAGUGGUGUCCCUCCAAUGAAAGCAACUAGCUUGGUUUGACAAAAGUUGUGGCAAAAUGAUUGAAGGGAAGGGGUAAAAAAAAAAAAUGGAAGGGAGGAAAAUACUGGGAUUGAAAAGCGAAUAGACCUUCCAUUCGAACUCAGCACUUUGCUUUUUCAGGCCGGUUAUAUUAUAUAUUCUUGGCGAUGAAGACAAGGAAUAGAGCACUAUGACAAAGAUAGGGAAUCUUGAUUUAUAUAUAUGAAUGUAGGGAUCAAAACACAUGAUGUGGGUUACCUUUUGUCUUAGUUUUAUGUAUCUAUCUCAAGCUCAAUCUUAAUGGAGGACAAGAAAGUUACUUUUGCA